CUUCAUCAGCCGCAUUUACAGAGAAAAAGUGUGUGUGAGAAUCCGUUUCUGCAACAAUGAAGUACAAUCCAAGAGUUUCCUCCUCUCGCCGUAAGAGCAGAAAGGCCCAUUUCACUGCUCCAUCAAGCGUUCGCAGGGUGUUGAUGAGCGCACCCCUUUCAUCUGAGUUACGUACCAAGUACAACGUCAGAUCUAUCCCGGUGAGAAAAGACGAUGAAGUUCAAGUAGUAAGAGGAACCUACAAGGGCCGUGAAGGAAAAGUUAUGCAAGUGUACCGUAAGAAAUGGGUGAUUCACAUUGAGCGUAUAACGAGAGAGAAGGUUAAUGGAUCUACUGUUAAUGUUGGUAUUAAUCCAUCUAAGGUUGUUGUUACCAAACUCAGACUCGAUAAGGAUCGUAAGUCUUUGUUGGAUCGUAAGGCUAAGGGACGUGCUGCUGCUGAUAAGGAUAAGGGUACAAAGUUCACUGCUGAGGAGGUCAUGCAGACUAUUGAUUAGAUUUAAAGUCAUCUUUCUUCUAUCUCUGCUGAAGAGAGGUUAUAUCAGUACGUUUUUGGUUUAUUAGGGUUUUUGAGAUCUCUGAAUUUUUGGGUUUAUUUAAUGUUAAUUGAAUGUUGCUGAAAGUUGUUAAUUUUGGGUUGAUCAAUAUAACUCAAGUUAAAGAUUUUAA